CUCAGCUUAUAAAGAAAUGAGCUCUUUGUUCAUUAUGAAGUGUUACUGGAAGUCUGAGAGAAAGAUUCUUCUGGAAGAAAUGCAGAGCUCUCAUUUGAAUAGAGCCUGUUUGAAUGUUCAUCUGACCUUCGAUCUUGUAUUUCCAUGUGAUGGGAUUGUCGUUUUUUAUGAUGUUUCUAACGUGAUGUACCUCCUUUUUCUAAAUAGCUUUCUUACUUGCUUUUUGAGUGCAAUAUGCAGCCAAACAACUUCUGAUGGUCACUUUUCAUUAGUUAAUAAAAUGUUGGAAAAGAUGUUGGCGGGGAAAAUAAAAAUUUCCAAGAUAUUUAGUGCUGUGUCCUCCCUACAUUCUGAACAGCUGUCCUCGGGAAGCAGCUCCCGUCCAUGGGAAGUGUCGGGAUUCAAAGGAGUGCACAGCUGCUUUGUAGAAUUUGACCCUUUUUUUACAUAUGUAUAUGAAAGAAACUUCUUUGAGGUGAAGUCAGAAAAGGCUAAAAGCCUGAGCAGUGGAGCUGAUGGAUAUUUUUGUUUAGAGCAACAGCAGAAGGAGGAAAAUGGGGAAUGCAGGCCCGGCACAGAGCACCCUGCCCCGCCUCGCUGCGCACCUCUCCAGUGCUCAGACUGCUCCUUGGACAGGGCUGGAGGAACACCGCCCAGUUACGGCUGGGAGAAGUCAGCCCGGACCACUCUCACGAUGACCCGUGAGGCUCGCCUUCCUGAAGGGAUGCUGCAAACCAACCCAUUUCAUGGAAUGCAGGCUCAUCAUUUUUAGUUUCAGGCUUCAAAAUUAAUCAUGUAAGAUUAUUAUUUGGUCAUUCAUCCUAAUUUUGUUAAAUAACUCAAAGCAGAUAAGAUUUUUAGAACAAUGGGACACAAGCUCUCAGAUGUAUUUAUUUUUCAAUCCUCGCUGGAGGGUAUGUUUUUCAUCAGCCUCAAAGAGAGG